CCAGCUUCCACCACCAUGGCAUUAGACAUGUUGAACGCAGACCAUCACCACUCUCCACCGCGCCCUUCCCCGUCUCCUGCGAAUGCCUCCUUCCUCCAGAUGCCGCUCUCCAUCCUCGGCAGCGUCCUACGCAGACAAUCACCCAGCCCUGCGCCUUCCAAUGCCUCAGCCACAUCUCUCGAACAAUCUCAACUCCCACUCGGCUCCGCUCAGCCUACUAGUCACCCCAUGAGUGCUUCUCCCUCUCGUCCCAGUACGUCAAGUACUGCUGCAUCCUUGCAAGAAAGGCCCAGGAAGCGGGCAUCGCGGCCCAAGACUGUCUACAACUUGGCUCAACCUCCACCGACCUCCAACCCCAGGCAGAAAAAACUUUCCGUCCGCCCCAAAGUUUUGCUUCAGCUCCACCAGGUCGUUGCUUCGCGCCGCCCAAAACCCGUAUACGAAGCCGUUCCGUACUCUAUUUUGGGUCCCGUGUCUUCUCGCCGUCUUGCUCGCUCGUUCCAGUCCAGGAAACUCACCCCUCACGACAUCUUGAUUGUGAGCUGCGGAGGAUAUGAUCAAAGUCUGGAAGAAAAAAUGGAGGAUGACAGCUGGGGUGCUAGGGACGUUGUGGCCGUUAUUUGCCCGGCAAGAGAAGACAGGGGACUCUCAUCUAGGGCAGAAAUCAUACUGGAGAACGGUCAAAUAUGGGAAGUCGGUGCAACACCCAACGGUGCCUACGAAUUCAAUUAUACCGACGAUCAUGGACUGUGCCUGAAGUCUCGCUGGGUGCCUAAAGCAUCCCAUCUUCGUCGCCGGUCCACAAUGUCUAAUACUUCGGUAGCUUCACCUGCGACUCCCUCGGAUGAGACCAAGUUCAACUUCAGUACCAUCAGCGCAAACUCGCGGCGCCACCCUGUCAUCGCUACCCUGACAAAGGGUCGAAUCGAGAUCCAGGAUUCUUAUGUGAUGCCCGCCGCAACUUCUCCCUCCACACCGAGUCAACCCAAUUCCGCCUUACCAACCCCUUCAACUAUCGACAUGGAAUCAUUCAUGGAUCCCCCCAACGGUCGCUUACCUGUGACGACCGAUGACGAUCUACGCCGCUUCAUCGUCAUUUCCGGUGUCUGGGUCGCCUUCUGCGAAAACUGGUCUACAGCAUAUUCCAACUCUCGAAACACCUGCACCCCGCAUAUGAACCGCGCCGUCUCGAUGCCAUUCGUCGACUCACCCCGUUCCGCCUCCCCAGCCUCCACCAUCGACGAAACCCACCGCACCAUCCCAAGAAUAAUACGGACAAGUACACAGCUUCUCCACCGCAACUCGAGCUUCACCAACGGCACACCCGAUCCGACUCCAUCCACUCCCUCAUCACCAAUAAAAACGCGCCCUCGCCGCGCAAACUCCACAGGCACCGCCGAGCUUAUCCGCGCCGGUAGCACCAAGAAGAAAUUCGGCCUCGCUCUCGAAGAGCAAAUCCUCAUCGAAACAGAGGAAGAGCGCCAAGCGAGAAGAAGUACGGAGAUUCUACGCAUCAAGGAACUCUCCCUACCACCCACUACAACACCCACUCUUAUGUAUCCUACACAUCAGUUAUCACCAAUCCCCUCGGCCGUCGAUCCCGGUCCCACACUCCACGACAUCAGUAAUAAUUCUAAUCUGCUCGCUGCCUCCUCCCCGCUGUCCCCUUCUGUAAACCCCCGCGAUCGCAAGGCGAGAUCCGCAUAUGAUCCCGUAGUCACGGCGGGACUCUGGGACUCUGGGAUCGUGGAGGGCGGAGGACGGUUGAAGACGAGACCGACUAGCAUGGUCAUUGUGAACGAGAAGAAGCAAAAAGCCGCGAAGAAGGAAUCCAAGAACAAGGAUAAAGGAAAGAAGGAGAAGAAGCCCAAGGAGAGCCGGCGGAAGAGCGAGGGUCUGCGGCAAAUGUUCCAUGACAUUUUCCGGAAGGAGAAGAAGAGCCCUGUGGCGUGA